GUUGGAAAAAAGAAGAGAUUCUAGAGGAACUUAAGCGUACAAAGUUCAAUCGUCCGGAGGACCUAGAAAACCUUAAGGAGUAGACUCAUCGAAGCAGUCUUGCGGUCCUGAUCUGCGUGAGCAGACUACGGAAUCAGGUUCCGAUAAAGUUGGCCGUGCCGCAUUUCAACACCUGCAUAGAAAUACUCCCCGCGAAGGGUAAAUGAAUUAUAAAUAGUAAGAGCUAUCAUCCCCCUGGGCUCGUAAUAUUCUCACCGCUCAUCUCUCCCUCUGAGUAUUUCUACAGUGUAUCUAAUUGAUCGAUUAUUUCAACACGAAAUCGAUAAUCUUAACUGGAGAAGUAAUCGGACAUCCCUAGUUGUAAUCCAGGACUGCAAUUAGACAUAACAACAGAUCGAAACUAUUUUGUGAUUGAAAUACGAAGUAACGUUCCUGUUAAAUAUAUAAAUGGAUUCUGUUUGUAAAAUAGACGUGAAAAAUUCUACAGCUGAAAAUAGCAUUAAAGCCGAGGAUGCGAGCCUGAGCGAGCCGGUCAAAUUUCCCACGAGUCAAAAAAACGUCGAGAACGGGUCACUUUUCAGGUGUGAGACCUGUGGAAAGACUUUCACACGACUAUCAAUUUUGACCACACAUCAACAGCUGCAUACCGGGGAGAGGCCUUUCAAAUGUGACCAGUGUGGAAAAUCGUUCAUCAGUUCGCAUCGGUUACAGGAACACCUAGAGUCUGCCCAUUUGAAGAAAUACUCCGAAAAUGCGAGAUUCGAGUGCGGGGUGUGCGGAAAAGUUUGUAAAUCAAAAAGCAAUCUUCAGAGCCACAUGAAAACCCAUUGCAAAACUAUUGAUACGGAAAGGUCGCGCGAGUGCGAGAUCUGCAGUAAAAAGUUCGCGUCGCAAUGCCUCGUAAGACGGCAUAUGCGGGUACAUACCGGCGAGAGGUCUUUCAAGUGCAACGAGUGCGACAAAACAUUUGUCUACCAGCAUCACCUGAGGCGGCACGAAAUGACACACGCUGGAAAACAACCUCCCAAGUUCCAAUGUGACAUUUGCGGGAAAGUAUGUGGAUUUAAAAAAGGACUAGAAAUGCACACAAGGAUUCAUUUUGGUGAAGAGCCUUUCAAGUGCGAAACGUGCGGUAUCAGUUAUAGUAGCGCCCAGUACUUAGCGAUACACCAGCGGCGACACACAGGAGAAUCUCUUUUCAGCUGUGGCAUUUGCGGUAAGGAGUUUGCCUUUAAGGCACAUAUGCAAAGGCACCAAGCGACGCAUUCGUCCGCCAGCGAUCGGCUGCUCAAGUGCAACAUCUGUGGCAAGGGGUAUCUCACCGAAAGGACUUUGCUUGACCAUACCCGGACUCACACGGGGGAGCGUCCACAUAAAUGUACUGUAUGUGGCAAAUCCUAUCUGUACCAACAGAACUUUGAAAAACAUACGAAAAUCCAUGGGAAGGAUUCCAGCGGGGAACAUCCACUCAAAUGUACUGUAUGUGGCAAAUCUUAUCAAUACCAACAGAAUUUUGAGAAACAUACGAAAAGCCAUGGAAAGGAUCCAGAAGAUCGGAUAGUGAGUUCCGCAUGAAAUCGUUAACAUCGAGCUACUGAACCCCACUGAUAGUAAAAAAAUGGUUCAAGCGAAAAGUCGCUAUGCGAACCUUGAUUUUUGUGCUUUAAACGCGACCAAAAAUCAGAUAAUUACUAUUUUCAUUUAAAACUAGAUUUUUUUUAUUGAAGAAAUGAAUAAGUAACAUUUACUCCCGAAUACUUGAAGAUGCUCUUUAUAGGCCCAACUCGAUCCUAAAGAAAGGCUCAGAGUUGGGUUAUGGAAUGAUUCGAAUUAACACACCGAACUUAUUUUAAAUGCCUGCUAUUGAAGAAAAUCACAGGAGGGUUGCGUGUAAAGCCACGACCGCAAGGUUGAAGUAGAAUACUUUUACAAGAAAGAUAACCCGGCUGCUUGCGUGUUAGUCAUUUUUUCUAGUAAAUAAACGUUGACUUAUGAGAUCAAUCGAAUUUUGUGCUUCAACAAGGAUUGACCAUUUUUUAGAAUAUAGUAAGUUGCUUGUCAAGACAAUUUUAAAAUUUUGACAGACACGGAGACACGGAGAUAAAGUAAAAUUUAUAAUUUUUACUAAUUUAAAAAUGUAAAUAACUCAAGAGAAAAUAUUAACUCUUUAAUCAUCAGGUUUUUGUUUCAUCCUAAAAAGGACAAUUUAUUGUUCAAUUCAAUAUCGGCUAAGAUACCGAUCACAUCUUGGCGUUAUCACUGACAGUGCGAAUGAAGCAUUCCUUGUGAUAGAAUAAACAGUGAAAAGCUGAUUCAACACUCAAAACUAGACAGCUCAUGUGUUGUCAAAAUGAGUCAACUUUUCAUUGAAUGCAUUUACUAGUGCCCGCUAUCGCACAGAGACUGCAUCUCACUAAAGUGCCUCACUGCAUCAGCUGCUAUCGAUGCUGAUACCCGCUGCAACUGCUACGCUAUCCGUAGCCAUGCCACAGUUAUGGCCGCUAUACGCUGCCAUUGGUAUCCGCUGUCCCUGCAACAGCUGGCCCAGCUGCUAUCGAUGCUGAGACCUGCUGCAACUAGUGCGCUAUCCAUUGCAAUGCCACAGCUGUAGCCGCUAUCCGCUAUCGCUGGUAUCCACUGCACUGCUACUGCUGCUGCUGUUGUCGCUGUCUAGAACUAUUAUGAGCGACUUCGGCUGAAACAGGCUCUUAUAUAGGCCAAAUAGCAUAUUUUAAUUGCAAGGUAUAUGAUUCUGUCGACCGUGCUUGGGAAGCAAUCAUAUAACGACCAAUCAGAGACCGAAUUUUUCGUUUUGACAAGGCUUGACUGUUUUCAAUAGUACAAUAGUUUGAAUAGUAAAAUUACAAUUAUCUUCAUUAGGGAAGAAUCUUAGAAGGUUUUUCAAUUUAUUGCUGCAAGAACGAAGAAAAUCCAUCGAAUACUAACCGAUUUAUCAGCAUUUUAAAUUGGACAUAUUUUUCACUUUUUUCGGUUUUAGAUUUUCAUUUCACAUCUCUAUGUAGCCGAACUUUCUGAGAGAAGUAUUCUACUUCAAAAACUCCCUCUGAAACAGAAACAAAUGCCUUUCUGCGUUGCGACAGUAGGUUGAAACCCUCGUCAAAUAUGUUUUUUAUUCUACUACAAAAUUUCAGAUCAAUCAAAACCGAGCAGUUCAGAGCAGCGUUGCCAGGUAUCCAGAUUUAGCUGGAAUAUCCAGAUUUUUGAACAUGUAUCCAGGUAGACAGCUUUGAUGUCCAACUAUCCAGAUUUUUCAUGGAUGAUCAAGAUUUUAUUUUCUCUGUUUCGCAAAAAGGUCAUCACUUCAAUUUUGGCACGAAAUUUUGCAAUUUCGUCACCUAAAAUCACUUUUA